AAAGUAUAAUAAUAACAGAAGGUGUCUAACUCAGAAUGAGGUAAAAUACCCCUCCUGUGUUUUGCAGUCAUUUUCGAUUUUAUGCGAAAUGCAAUAUAUAACUGUUUAGUACUAUUUUCUUCUACAUUAAAUUAUCUAAACAACCAUAUAUAGCAAGCUUUUAUUGUUUACUAAUGUGCGUAAACUGUGUCCAAACAUGGUAAACUCGAAAUAUAAUGAUGAUAUUUAUAAUUCAGAUUUUGAUUGGAUAAAAAAAAUUACCAGAUAAUUUCAAAUCAUUUUUUAACAAAACAUUUAUUUUGUGAUAUUUUAUUUUAUCAUUUACCUCAUUAAGAGUUUGAUACCUUGUAUCAUUAUUAUACUAUAGGGAUUUUUUUUUCAUUUUUCAUGAAACAAGUACCUGUGCAAAAACCCCAUAAAAACAUUUGAUUUAUUGGUGUUUUGUUUUUUAAUUUUAUCAAAUUUUAUGAAAAGUAAUGUUGCAAAUUUUACUUUUGCUUUCCUUUUGGGAAACUUGAACAUCAAAUUUUCUUGAAAUUCAAAUUCGGGGGAAAAAAGUUUAAAAUUGGGAGAAAAUCGCUUAGGCCACCUUAUUUCUGUGGUAAUUUGAACCGAAAAAAAUCACUGUAAUCCGAGUAAUUUUAUCUUCACGAUAACUGAUUAAAAUUCUAUAAAAGAAGAUGAAUAUUUGAUUCAGAGAUUAACAUGAUUAAAAAAAAAAAAAGAAUUCAUGCAGUAUUGUACAAAUAUAGUUGUUAUAUGGAAUUCUAUAUCAAAUAUUUAGAGGUCCAGGCAGAUAUUUUCCAGACGGAGGAUAACAACAAAACAUGGAAAAAUGACGGAGAAGACAGUUUGUUAUGUAUGAAUGAUGGAGAUAGCACUGAUGAAGAUUUUUCCAGUGUUGAUGAUCAUGAAGAUGACUCUGUCUCCUCAUUGGACGAAAAGGAAUUUUCAAGUUCUUCAGAUUCAGACUCCACAUUUUCUUGUGAUGCUGAUGAAUUUAAAGACACACCAGUUGUUGACUAUGAAGAUGUUGAAAUGAUGAUGUUAUCUUGUUUCUUAAGGAACAAUUUUUCUGCUAGUUCAAGUAAGGAUGUUUUAAUAACUAUGAAGAAAGCAUUUCCAGACUGCAAACCAUUACAAGAACUACAGUAUGAUAAUUUGUGGAAACAUCUGAAUGCAGAUUAUGCACAUGAAGUACAUUACUGUGAAAAGUGUUUCAACAUUUUCCCUGAGAAUCCAGAAAUUACGCAGUGCAGACAGUGUGAUGGUCCUCGAUAUAAACAUGGGAUGAAUGGAUCACAACUUCCUCGUGCUAGCUUUGUAUUUGCCAACAUGAAAACACAGUUAAAGAAUUUAUUGCAGUCUCCAGGAAUUUGGGAUGACAUAAAAGAAAACAAAGAAAGACUUACAGAAAGGCACUUGAAAACCCCAUUCAUUUUGACGGAUUUAACGGAUGGCCAUGUUUACAAGACAUUAACAGCUGAAGGAAAUUUUUUAGAUAAAAACAACAAUUUAACAGCACUGAUAAACACAGAUGGACUGAGCCUUUAUUCAUCAUCUAAAAUACAACUUUGGCCUGUUUUUGUAGCUAUAAAUGAAAUGACUCCAAGUCUCAGAUUUGCAAGGGAGAACAUAAUUCUAGCAGGAAUUUGGCAAGGCAAGGGAAAGCCACCUAUGCAGCAGUAUUUAGAACCUCUGUGUGCUAUGUUUAAUGAUCUGUAUGAAAAUGGUAUUGUAAUUGAUCUGGAUGACAUAGAGACCAAUGUGAAAUUGAAAGUGUUGUGUGGGACCUAUGACCUGCCUGCUAAAUCAUCCCUUUUAAACAUGACACAGUAUAAUGGCAGCGAUUCCUGUAUUACAUGUGAAGAAUCAGGAAAAAUAGUGAAACAGGGUAAAGGGCAUUGCAGAAGUUUCCCUUACAGAGAAAAUCCUUGUCCUAAACGAAAUCAAGAGACAGUUACCAUAUGUAUGAGAAACGGUACCAGUGCCAACCGCAUAAAAGGAUUUAAAGGUGAAUCAGCAUUGCUCAACCUUAAAGAUUUUGAUAUUGUAGCAGGUUGUCCCCCAGAUUAUAUGCAUGGUGCAUUGCUAGGGGUAACAAAAUCUUUAUUGCAUAAAUGGUUAUCUCCAACAGAAAGUAAAAAACCCUAUUUUGUAGGGAAAAGUUUGAAAACAAUAUCAAAACGAAUGAUUGGAAUACAACCACCCCAAUACAUGGAAAGGUUACCAAGAGACCUAGAAAAAAAUUAUAAUCAUUUUAAGGCAACUGAAUUACAAGCUUGGCUAUUAUAUUAUGCUGUUCCGUGCCUGCAGGGAAUCCUACCAGAUAUCUUUUUGGAGCAUUUUGCUCUUCUUUCCGAAGGAGUUUACUUACUUUUAAAAGACCACAUAACAGAAGAAGAUCUGGAAAGGGCAGAAACUGUCUUAAAGAUAUUUUACAGACAAUUUUGCACGUUAUACCCUGAAGGAACAUGUGGGCUAAAUGUACAUAACAUAGGAACACAUUACACAUACUAUGUUCGUAUGAUGGGUCCUCUUUGGGCGUGGAGUUGUUUCCCUUUUGAGGAUUGCAACUCUAUGUUAACAAAAGCAGUACAUGGCACGGGUAAUGUGACUCAUCAAAUUAUGAAAAUUAAAGAAGCUCAGACUCUACUGCGAAAUAGUCUUCAUUUGAAUACUUCUGGAAAAGAAAGAAGAAAUUGGAAGUUGAAAAGAAUGAUGAACUGUGAAAUUGCUGGUGCAAUACAACAGAUUUCUGAUGAACACCACAAAGAUAUCAUUUUGAAUAUUUUGGAUUCAAAUCUAGAGGAAGUUUCCGAAAUCAAGAAAGUUGACAGAAUCCAACUUGAUGGCAAAAAGAUGUACUCUGACAGUUACACUCGAAUGAAGAGGAGAUGUUGUCAUGUGUACAUUACAAAACACAACAAAUUUGUGUUUGUCAUUUAUUAUGUCUUACAUGUACAGACAAGGCUAGUAUUUGCGUUUGUGCAACCAUUACAGCUACAACCAUGGAGUUUGGGAUUCUCCUAUGCUGGCAAACAUUUCCAAAUUGCAACUACAGUCGAUACAUAUGAUUUGAUUUUGGCUGAUCAUCUAUUAGACAAUGUUUGGUUUAUCGAUGUAAAAGAUGUUAAUAUACAAAAAUUUGUUGUUAUAGCACCAAAUUCCCAUGGACAUGCUAUUUUCAAGUGACGCAGAAACAAAACCAUUUUGUAGAUCUGACAGUUAUUUACAUAAUGCAUGUACAUUGUAUGGCCUAUUCGGUGUGUAUAAAAGGACUAAGUAGACAGAAUAUAAUGUCUUGGAUAUUUUUGUAUGAAUUAUUAUGUCCCAAUUCAUGUACAUGUGAUUAGGAAAUGGAUUAGAUUUACAUAUUUAAAAGUUAACCACGCAUAAUUACUCAAUAUCCAAACUAAAAUUUAAUAUAAACAUGAUGUAUUCUUGUUUUUUGCUCAAAGUGUUAUGCUUAAGAAGAACACAGAUUUAAGCCAUUUUUGAAGUUUCUUCUAGAAAUUACACUUAUUUAUGAAUCAAAAUAUGGUAUCACUUUAUAUGUACAUGUAUAAUGAUAACAGAAUGAAGUGAAUUUGUUACAAUUUUUACAUUAUUGUUCAGAUAUAACUAGAUUAUGUUGACAUGCAAGAAAAUUAUUUUUGUUUUUAUAUCCUUUUAAACUUAAAGAAACAAACAGUGGACGGUUGGAUCAACACUUCGCAGGAAUGCAGUUUAAAUUUAUUUGGUUUACUGAUUUCGACCAGUGGCAGUCGUCAUCAGAACAUUUAAACAUAUGAUUUCAUAUUUUUUUGACAAAUUAUCUGCAUCCAAUAGAUAUUAUAUACUUUAGUCAUCUUUGAUGUAAGCAACCAAUGUGAACUUUUAAUAUGAGAAAUGUUAAGUUUUAGCACUUGUCAAUGUUGAGUAUUAAAAAUGUAAUCAAUAAUUUAAA